CGCGGGCGGCGGUGCGCGCUCUGACGCUCAUACAAACUCCUGAAAACUUGACACACACCACGGACAGUUGGUGUGCGCAUGAAGUGUCGCGGGUUGCGGUGGAGGACCUGGUCUGGGAUUUACAGUGUGUGUUGUUGUCAGGCUGCGGGAGGAGCAGCGCGCGGAGCCGGACGGAGGAGCCCAUGCGGACCGGAGCGACUCGUGUAUGAAGCCAGAGAUCAUGGCGGAGGGACCCCGCUGCAAGAGGCGCAAACAGGCCAACCCCCGCAGGAAGGACGUCCUGAACUAUGACAACGUGGUGGAGACGACCUCAGAAACCGAUGCGGAAGACACCUUCACUAACAGUGCAGCAGCAGGAGGAGGAGCAGAGGAUGAAGAAGCAGGCAGCCCGGUGGGCGUUCCCGAUCUGGAGGUGUCGCCCCGGGUCGGCCACGCACCAAUGUCCCACAAGGACCAGGAGGACUCGGAGGGCCAGGAGGAGGCACAAAGCUGGAGGCUGGAGGACGCUGAAGGUCUGGAUGUCCGGCGGGAUGAGUUUGAUGUUCAUGGUCCAGAGGCAGCAGGAGACGGUGCAGUGAGACCUCUGGACGGCUUGUCAGAGCUGGACGAGUAUUUGCUGAAACAAAAACUGGAGGAAAACAACGGUCACCCAGCAAUGAUCGCUGAGUACCUGCAGCGUAACGACACCGCCAUCAUUUACCCAGAGGCCCCAGAGGAGUUGACACAACUGAGCAUGCCUGAGGCUUUGGGUCAGGACAAGAGCGAGCAUGACCUGCCGCCUGUUACAGCCGAUGACUUCACUCAGCUGCUUACGUGUCCAUACUGCGAACGCGGCUACAAGCGACUGACGUCACUGAAGGAACACAUCAAGUAUCGGCAUGAGAAGAAUGAGGAGAGCUUCAUCUGCCUGCUGUGUGCUGACACCUUCACCCAGCGUUCUCACCUGGAGCGCCACAUGGCCACCCACAGACCCGCCAAGGACCAGCCGCAGCUGCUCAACGAUGGAGCUGCAAACCGCAAGUUCAAAUGCAGCGAGUGUGGAAAAGCCUUCAAGUACAAGCACCACCUGAAGGAGCAUCUUCGUAUCCACAGCGGUGAGAAGCCGUAUGAAUGCUCCAACUGUAAGAAGCGCUUCUCUCACUCCGGAUCCUACAGUUCCCACAUCAGCAGUAAGAAAUGUAUUGGCAUGAUCACCCUCAAUGGACGAAUACGCAAUGGAAAACCUGGCUCUUCCCCAAAUUACACAACCUCCUCACCAGGAAGCCCUGGCCUCAUUCAUCUCUGCCACAAACUGGAAAAUGGGCGCCCGCUCAUCCCACAAGAUCCCCACAGUCAACUGGACAUUAAAGCCGAACCAAUGGACUUUAAUGAGUACCAACUGCUAAUGGCUUCACAGCAUGGUUUUGGGGGUCCUGGGGUCUACAUGAAUGGUCAUGGAGGAAGUUCGCUGGACCUUCACAGCUCUUCCCAGAGUCCCCUUCCACACUUUGGAGGUAUGAGGUUAGACCUUCCCUUGCUGAGCUACACGGGGUCUCUCGGGAACAACCUGAGCAAGGUGCAGAAUGUCCUUCAGAUUGUGGACAACAAAAAGUGCAGGCAGAAGACUGACUGGAGCAAAGAGGAGAUAUCCAAACUGAGGGCAUACAUGAAGGAGCUGGGGGCCCAGAUGGAGGCCCAGACCAGCUUCCAGGUGAUAGGCCACAGCAGUCCCACAAAGAACAUCAUUGACUACACGUUAGAGAAGGUUAACGAAGCCAAAAGUCUUAUUAAUGAGUCCAAGACACCAGUAGACGUCAAGAAGGAGAAAUCAAACCAGUCAGCUGAUUUCAGUGAGGAAAAGUCUCUCAAUGGCCAGAACCAGUUCCUGACGUUAUCCUGCCAGUACUGCAAGGAGACCUUCCCCGGGCCAAUCCUGUUGCAUCAACAUGAGCGAUACCUGUGCAAAAUGAACGAGGAGAUCAAAGCGGUCCUGCAACCAGCUGAGAGCAAUCCUGCCAGCCGCCCAGGGUCAGGGGCUGAUGAACUGGCCUUUAAUAAGGGGACAAACAGCCCCCCCAGCCCCUUUAAGGACCAUGUAUCGGUGCUUAAGGCUUACUUUGCCAUGAACACUGAGCCCAACUCAGACGAGUUGUUCAAGAUUUCCCUCGCUGUCGGCCUUCCUCAAGAGUUUGUCAAAGAGUGGUUUUCCCAGUGGAAGUGUCAACACCACCACAAAGGAAGAAAGAAGUCGCCCCCUCCUGACCACUGUGGACCAGACCACAGCUUGUCUCCAAUGUCGAUUUCUGCCAUUGAUCUACAAGACAGCUUCACCAACAGUGACACCCCCCACAGACUUCCCCAGGCCUUUCAGGUUACAGCCAACAGGCAAACAUCAGGAGACCUGUUGGACCACUUGAGAAGCAACACCUCAUCACCCCUCAAUCUCUCCUCCACCUCUUCCAAAAACUCUCAGAGUAGCUCUUACACUCCCAACAGCCUCACCUCUGAAGAUACCCAUGGGGAUAGCCCACUGGAUCUGUCGUUGCCCAAACACAUGGCUGCAAAGCGACCCAGACCCAAUGGGUUAAAUACCAAGCGCAGAGGGGGGGAGGUGGUCUGGGAACAGGGCUCUGGGUCAUUAGACAUAAAGAAGGAGAUCCUGGGCUCGGACUGUGAGGGGAGCUCCGUCCACCUGUUGGAGAAAAGCACUAGUCCCAUCUUUGGGAUUAAUUCAUAUGCUGGUAGCCCCGUCUACACCUCAAUGCCACCUCAUGGGACAUUUCCUCCAACAACCUUUAUGACUCCUGCCCAGGCCACCAUCCCAGGCCUCAGACCAUACUCAGGCCUUGACCCCAUGAGCUUCCUGCCCCACAUGGCUUACACCUACACCACUGGGGCUGCAACGUUUGCUGAAAUGCAUCAGAGGAGGAAGUACCAGCAGAAAGCAGGUUUCCAGGGGGAGCUGCUGGAUGGGACGGCGGACUAUCUGUCCGGCCUGGACGAGCUGACGGACAGCGACUCGCUGCUGUCCAGGAAGAAGAUGAAGAAGACUGAAAGUGGUAUGUACGCCUGUGACUUGUGCGACAAAACAUUCCAGAAGACCAGUUCCCUCCUAAGACACAAAUAUGAGCACACAGGCAAACGACCACACCAGUGUCAGAUCUGUAAGAAAGCCUUCAAACACAAGCACCACCUGAUCGAACACUCGCGCCUCCACUCCGGAGAGAAACCCUACCAAUGCGACAAGUGUGGCAAACGCUUCUCCCACUCAGGUUCGUACUCGCAGCACAUGAACCACCGAUACUCCUACUGCAAGAGAGAGGCUGAGGAGCGGGAGGCAGCCGAGAGGGAGGCCAGGGAGAAGGGAGGAGGAGGCCCACUGUCCAGGGAUCUGGAGCCUACCGAGCUGCUGAUGAGAAAGGCCUACCUGCAGGAGCUGGAGUCACUCGGAUACCUGGAGGACCAGCAGGAAGACGGGGGAGGUAUGAUCCUGAAGAAAGGUGGCAAGGAAAGAGGAGAACAGGAGGAGAGGGAAGUGGACAGCAAGACGUACGAGAAGGUGACGGACAGACAGGUGGAACGUUUCAGGAAAAAAGAGGAAGAAGAAAAAGAGGAAGAGGGCAAGUGCAGGAGCCAGGUGGACUGGAUAAAGGAUGAGGAGGGCAAAGACUCCAUAGAGAUGGACGAGAGUUCAAGAGAAGGGAAGGCGAGUGGCAGGUCAGACCUGGAGGACUAAUCCAGGAAGAAUCAGUAAAAGGAAGCUUGGAUUGUGACAUUAGUCCAGUUUCUUCUUCAUCACAGACUGAAGAUCAGGAGGGGACGUAGUCCAUCUGGUGGAUCUUAGACCAAAUUCAUGAUUCACAUCGAGCUUCCCGUGUAAUGUUUUACAUGUUUUAUCUGUAUGCUGCAGCAGGUUUUAUCUUCGCCACGUUCAGGCUGAGGAGGAAAUUCAUGUUUCAGACUGAAAAGAGAAAACUGCUGAGUCACAACAGAAAACUGCUCAGUCACAACAAAAAGUAAAACAAUGAGUCAGAACAGAAAACUGCUGAGAUGCAAAAAAAAAAACUGAUAAAAUCACUGAGUCAGAACAGAAAAUUGCUGAGUCACAACAAAAAUUUAUAAAAUCGCUGAGUCAGAAGAGAAAACUGUUGAGUCAAAACAAAACUGCUGCAUUGGAACAUAAAAAUCACUGAGUCAGAACAGACAACCCGCUAAAAACUGCUAUGUCAGAACAGAAAAUUGCUGAGU